AUACACCUGAAAGAGACGGAAAGCAGAGAUUCAGAGACAGUGAGUAAGUAAAUGUUUUCCUUUUAGCAUUCAAACUCAAACAAGACUUACAACAUUGAAGUAUCAUAUUGAAGUAAGCCACGGACAAACGGCUCAGGAAAGUGACGGCAGUAUCUUAUCAUGUAAUGCAGUGACAGUUUUAAGUGUGCAAAUACUUUUCAUGUCUGAUAUAUGCAUGAGUGUUUUUGUAGAGUAUCUGUGUCUCAUUAUCUUCUCUGUAGGAGCUUCCCACAUCAUGGAUGGAUGGAAAACCACAGGGAAGACCAGCAUGCCACAGCUGGUGGUGAAGAUUGUUGGUGGGAAACAAAUUAAGUAUUUCACUGAAGGGACCAAAAGUCCUACAGAUGAUCUUGAGGUAACGAACAGCUCUGAGGACAGAAACAGUCCACCUAACAGAGUCACAGAUGGAGAUUUAAGCAGAAAAUCCUCGUCUCAUGACCAGGAUCCUGUGGGAGCAGUUGAGCACAGAGAGAGCCUGUUAGACGCCCUCAGACAGGUUCCAGACAGACGGUGUGUGACGGCACCAUGUGGAGAUCGCUCACGCUCCUACAUACAUCUGAAGUCCACAAACAACCUGGGUCAUUCAAAACAACAUCAUAAUACAGGGGCAGAGCAUGUCCAGACAGAGGAGCGCUGCCUCCUCUCAUCUGUCUCAGAGGAACUGCGGGACUGGGAACCACAUGCAUUCCAGAGCAUUGAGGAGGAAGUGACAUCACUCGACCCGUCCCAGUCAGGAAUCCUCCAUCAGUCAGAACUUACAUACCUCUUCCUCAGACUGCAGAUGCCUCUGAAGCUCAGCACACUGGCCUGUGUGUUCAGAUCCUUCACUGACACCAGAGAGCCGGAGCAGGUGCAUUAUAAAGAAUUGCUGCAGUUCAUACAGAGAGCCGUGCAAGAUGAGAAACAGCAAAGUGCUGAGGCAGAGAUCUGGGAUGCGUCAGUGGCCAGUACUGACCUGGAAUCAGUGAUCAGUGUGACUGGAGCCCAAAGAGAAACAUGGCUUCAGAGGUUCCAGAAGAUGGAGAUGGCCUUACAAAUGUGUGACACCAAAAACACAGGUUAUGUGGACAGAGAUCAAGCCAAACGCCUGAUUCUGAACUACAGCCUCAUCUUUGAUCUGAAUCUGAGUCCACUGAAGGUCAAUGAGGUCACGCGUAACACUCAACGAGAGGGCAAAGUUCACCUUUGAUGCAUCACUAAUACCCACAUUAGAGGCCUUCUCAAUACUUAUCAUGUAAUACACAAAAUGCCCACAAGAGGGUCUAAUCUAAACAUACAUUGCACAUCCAUUAUUAAAGGUACACUUUGUAACUUUUGGCCCUCUAGCGGUUAAAAAAACAAAGCAGGGACUUAAACAUUUUUUAAUUUCUAAAAAUGAUCAGUUUGUUAAUUAGGCACAACAUAGGGCCUGAUGAUCAUAAAAGACUAAUCAAACUGAUAUAAGAUUGCAGAUAUAGCAUGAUUUAACAUGUGUUCAGACUGUGGAGGAUGACCAUGUUGUUUGUGCCACAACAUGGACGCUCAAGUCACAUGAUCUAGUUACUCAACCAGUUCGAUGACUUUAAACACAUGGACAUAAAUGCACAUGCGAGUUUUGGCUCCACCCAUAAACCUACAACUGGAUGGUGUGCUCUGGUGCAGAGUUUGACAGAACAUUUACACAUUAAUGUUCAUUGUUACUGGAAAAAAAAUGAAAAGAUACUGUACUUUAGACAAAGACUUUAUAGAAAGAUGGUGCGCUCGUAUUAUUAUGAAUGGGAGAAAGUGCAACGUGCAAUAUGGCGUAAUAAAUUCCACCUUCUAAAUAAGAGUCAAUCGCAGAUUGGUAAAGUGUGCAGCGAACGUUAGAAGCUCCGGUUCCUAUAGAAACACUUGACAGUUGUUGUCAGAUUUCAUUGGAGAUUUCAAAUAUGAAAUUUAAUUGAAAGCUUGGCAAACAGCUUUAGAGAAUUUGAUGUUUCCCUAUUCGAGCUGCACUUGCAUGCCCGAGAGGCAUUUCAAAGAUGGCCGCUGAGUGAAAUGACUUUGACUUCAGACUUGAAAGGAAUGCUUCAGAGAACUGUUCAAUUGCAUGUCAUUUUUUAUUUGUAAUAAAAGCAUUUCACUAUACAAAUCAUAUACAGCUAUGUGUAUUACAUGUACAUGUAGAUAUAUUAAUAAAAUACAUGGAUCUGUAAUAAAAUAAUAAUAAAAAAUUGUCAACAUGACUUCCCCACAAACAAAACAUUUUCCUUUCAUUUUAUAGCUAUGCUUAAAUAAAUGUCCAAAACUCUUAGUCACCAUGAAACUAAAAUGGAUCAUUCUUGUUUUUUAUGGAAUAUUCCAGAGAGCAUGCAGCCCUCUGUCACCCACAUGAGAUCCAUCAAUAGCAAACCACAACCAUCCAAUCAAUUCCCCAUGGACAAAAUCAAGUCCCGCCCUACAUUUGUUCUUGUUUGAGAAGCAGUUUCACUCAUAUGCCUCACAAUACAGAAGAAAAGGCUAAACUUUGUUUCAUACCAUCCAUCAAUGUCAAACAGAUGUUACAAAAACUGGAAAUAAGUUAUUUUCCUAUAGUGAAAUCAUCAGAAUAAAUACCUGACAAGAGUUCAUGUAUUAAAUAACUGAUUAGAUAUGAUGAUUUAGAUGAGCCUACAUGCUCUUGUGUCUCUCAGCAGCUUUGUCUUUAUUGUUGUUCUUCAGUGUGUAUGAUGAUAUUUGGGGUUCCUGACGGUCACUCUUUAGUAUCUCUGCUGCGGCAGAUGAUGUUGAAGGUCUGAGGAGCGCGGACAAUACCCA